AGGCAGUGCUCGGUAUGACGUACCAAGAAUUGUCUUUCUCCUCACCGAUGGAGAACAGACAAAAGACCCCCAAGCACUUUCUCUUGCGAGGAUGGCUCGCCUUAUCAAGGACCAACAAGUGCGAAUCAUUGCAAUAGGAAUUGGAAAAGAGGUCCAAACUCAAGAACUUAUGACAAUUGCAACUAACGAAAAGGACGUCAUACAAGCUGACGUAUUUGACGACUUGUUAGACAAAGUGCAACCUCUCACACAGAGCGCAUGUGAAAGCUUUCUAGCAGUUCCCAUUCCAGAGGAAAAUGACGAUGAAUGCGAACCCGAUGCCGACGUUGCUUUCCUGGUGGACGCAUCAGGAAGCAUUUCCUACAGAAACUUCAGAAGGGUGAAAGAUUUUGUGGCCCAACUGGCCUUAAAAUUCGACAUUUCCCCUGGAGGAUCGCGUGCAGCUGUUGUUGUAUACAGAACAAGGGCUACCACAAAAAUCAGGCUCUGAGAUCAUUCUGACUAUCCGUCGUUUCGAAAAGCUGUGCAAGCGUUAAGACAUGAACGAGGUUUCACCAGGAUAGACCUUGCUCUUCAACAGGCUUAUUUCGACGUGUUUGGCCCUCGAGGGAGACCCCGCUUUCUGGUGCCAAAAAUCGCCUUCGUCCUAACAGACGGAGAGCAGUCGAAGGAUAGGAAGAUUCCGAGACAAGUUCCUCUUGAUGUGGCUUCUGACCGCCUCAAAAAAAGAGCAGGAGUACGAAUCAUAUCGAUAGGAAUUGGAAAAAACGUGGACAAGGAACAGCUUACGGUAAUCGCCAGUAGCGAAAAGGAUGUCGUUUUAGCAGACACAUUCGAUGGGUUGUUAAAUAGAGUGGAACCGCUCUUUAAGACCGCGUGUAAAGGCAACGUAGAGCUUCCCCGCUGCAAAACAGAGGUAGAUAUCGCUUUUAUUGUGGACUCAUCUGGAAGUAUAUCGAGUACCAGCUACCGGAGAGAGAAAGCCUUUAUAACUGCAGUUGCUAAAAGCUUCGGAAUAUCUAAAGAUAAGUCUCGAGCCGCCCUGGUGUUAUUUAGCGACUCAGCGUCCACAAAGAUACGAUUUGACGACCAUUCAACGACAGCCUCCUUCUCAGCAGCCGUGGAGCAUCUUCCUCACGAGCGAGGCUUUACUCGCAUCGACCAAGGUUUGGAGGUUGCCACGCGAGAGGUAUUCCCAAAUGCUCGAAAAGGUGUCUACCAGAUUGCCAUGGUGAUAACAGAUGGACAACAAACCCAAACUGCUGAUACGAAAGAUCUUAAGGAGGUGUCCGAACCGUUGCGAAAGGCCGGAGUGAGAGUGUUGGCGCUUGGGGUUGGUUCUGGAGUUGAUGCCAAAGAGCUACGACUUAUAGUCGAAAGGGAUGAAGAUGUUCUACUCGCCAAAUCUUUUUCAGAUCUGAUCGACAGAGUUGGAGGAUUGAUCAAAUCCACAUGUAAUCUUGCAAUUCCAGAGCCAUGCGACAUUUCUGCAGAUUUGACUUUUAUAUUUGGAUCAGGAGGCAUUGGAGAAGGCAACUUCCUCAGACUUAAGACCGUUUUAAAAACCAUCGCGACGAGCUUCGGCAUUUCAUCAGAAAGGAGUCGUGCCUCCAUAGUGACCUUUAGUGAUUCGUCUGCCUCUGUACGGGCAUCUUUUCAAUCUUUCACAUCCACGAAGGAAUUCCAAGACGCCUUAUCCUCCUUGAAAUAUGAAAAAACACGAGGUGAUAUCGAUCUGGCGCUGAAACUUGCAGAGGACAAGGUGUUUCCAAUGGCAAGAAAAAGGGUGGCAAAAAUCGCAGUGGUUGUCAUUGAUGGUAAAGAGAAUAAUAAUGAUCAAUGGCAAGAUAUUGUGUUGUCGUUGCAGAAGGCAGGUGUCCGCGUGUUACUUUUAGGGAUUGGCACCGAGAUAAAACGCGAAUCAUUAGGGCGGCUUGUUGAAAGAGACGAUGAUCUCAUCAUUGAAGAGUCAUUUAUAACUCUUCUUAAGGAUUCUGUUCAAGUGGCAAAGACCGCGUGUUCCGCUGCCGUUCCUCCACCAUGUCAGUUUCCAGCGGAUAUCGUGUUUGUAAUAGAUUCCUCCAAGACAUUUGAUGAGAAGGAAUUUUCCCAGCACAAAGCCUUCGUAAAGAUCAUGGCAAAAAGUUUCGGGAACAAUACUCGUUCUGCAGUUGUAACCUAUGGAGAAAGAUCUUCCUUAAAAUUAAACUUCGAUGACUCUUUGAACAUUACUUACUUUUUAAACGUUGUUCAAAGCAUUGAGAAAGACAACGAUGUCAAAGAUAAGCGCAUAGACAAGGCUAUCAAUCUGGCCACAACUGACUUAUUGCCAAAAGCACGACCUAUUGCAGCAAAGUUGGCAGUGGUUGUCACUGAUGGAAGUCAAACCAGUGGACCAAAUGCCUUAGAACUCCAGCAAGCUUUCGAUGCUUCCGCUAAGGCAGGUGUUCGUGCGGUUGUUCUAGGGGUUGGCGAGGCCUUGAACAUGGAAGAGUGGCGCAGUCUUGUUCCACGUAAAGAAGACUUCCUUCAAAUUGAGAAUUCUCAAGAUUUGACUUUGAAGAUACAUAACAUAGCAACGCAAGUUUGCGCAGCAGCAGAGCCAAUCGAGGAACCAACCUGCGGCUACGCGACGGAUAUCAUCUUUCUUAUGGAUUCUUCGGACAAAGUCGGAAUGGAAAAUUUCGACAAACAAAAAUCGCUUGUUAUAUCCAUCGCAAAGAGUUUUGGCAUCUCUUAUAACACCAGUCGUGCGGCUGUAAUACGGUACAGCGACUCCGCAUCUACUUAUCUCCAAUUCAAAGAUUCAUCAAGUACCAAUGACUUUGAAAGAGCCAUUCAUAGGAUGUCUCUUCAAAAUGGUCCGCCAAGACUGGGCAAAGCGUUUGAUGUCGCCCUUACAGACGUACUUCCUCAAGCUAGGAGAGGAAUACCUAAAAUAGCAAUUGUAGUGACAAACGGUCAGCAAAAUUCUGGCGACGAUGUGAACGCAGCUUCUGAGAGGUUGAGGAGGGCUGGGGUCAAGGUGUUCGCCCUAGGCGUUGGUACAGAAAUUGACCUUGAAGAGCUAAAGCUCAUGGUAGAAGAUGAGGAAGAGCACAUUGUGUCAGCUGAAACUUAUGACCAAUUAGUUUUGAACAAGAAAAACAUCAGUGAAAAGAUAUGCGAGCAAGCAGCACCGCCGCCGUGU